CUAGCCGUGAAGGUUGAUUCUUUGACUCUGGUGGUGCAGGAAAUAAGAGUAAGACGGUGCGUGUAAAACUACGUAUUUUGUAUUUGUAUUCCUGUCGUCAUUCUGAACCAUCAAGAUGUCGGAUCCUUCAAGCGUUCUGAGGCGAUAUGAAGAUGUGUGUGAAGAAAUGGAAGUCAAACCAACACCAUUCAUAAUGAAAGUCGUUGAGAAAGAAAAGGAUGACCAGAUAACAAGGCAAAGGAAGAAACUUGACCCCAAGGACAAUAUGGAGCUAGUCCUUCGUGGGAACAACUACCUUCUGACAGAUACUCGACUCAAUGAUAGUGAUAUGCUGGCACUAUAUAAGACUCUAGUCAACAGUGUCUAUGUGACAGGUCUGGACCUACGCUAUAAUAACAUCACUGAUGAGGGGGCUGUCUAUAUCGGUGAUUUACUAGAGAAGACAUGUGCCUUGAGAAGUUUGAAUCUACAGAGUAAUGAUAUUAAAUCGGCUGGUGCAGAGGUGAUUGCUAAGGCAUUACAGGUAAAUGAAACAUUAACAUCUCUCAAGCUGAAUGGGAACAAGAUUGAGAAUAAAGGAGGAAUGUUCUUGGCUGGCUGCUUACAAGUCAACACCUGUCUACAAGAGCUUGAUGUUGGUGAUGCAGAUCUGGGAACGCAAAGCUUGAUUGCCUUUGCUACUGUGCUACAUCAUAAUAACACAUUGAGGGCUCUGUGUGUUAACAGACCUAUACUGUUCAGUCAACAAGAAGAGACCACUGUCCAUAUGGCUUUAAUGCUCAAGGUAAAUUGUACACUGCAGGAGCUGCAUCUCCAGAAGUGUGACAUCCGAGAUUUUGGUGCAGAUAGACUCGUAGAGGCUCUCCAACAUAACAUUUCACUCAAGUACCUGGAUGUCAGCUGUAAUCGUAUCACAAGAGAUGGUGCUAAAUCCCUGGCUAAGCUUCUUAAACAGAAUACACCUUUAGAGAUUCUGGAUUUGGGUUAUAACAGAAUAGAGGAUGAUGGAGCUGUCUACCUCAGCGAAUCCUUGGCGGGUCUCAACUCCAAUCUCAAAACGUUGGUGAUAACGAGUAACAACAUAGAAGCAGCAGGCCUGUGUGCAAUAGCACGAUCCAUGAAUACCAACACAACACUGACUAGUGUCUUCAUCUGGGGGAAUCACCUACAGGAACUAGCAUGUGUGGCCUUUAAUGGAUUAGUUGAAUCUGGGCGCUUGGAUAUGAAAGACACUGAUGUGAAGCCAUACAUUGUUGAUGGUCAUGUGAUGUUAUCACAGCUCAAUCAUGGAAUCAGACGCCAUUACUACUGGACGCCUUUCUUUGGCCCUGAUGCAGAAUAAACUAACAACCUAACCAUGCUGUAGCCUCCAGUCAACCAUUGUGAGAAUCAUAUGAGUUCCAGUAGUCAAUGUGGGACUGUAUACAUGUAGAUCCAGAUUUAUCCACCAAGUCUACCUGUGUAUAAAGGUCUACAGGGCUUAAAUUUGCAGGAAAAAACCUCACAAGACCGCAGGACUCGUGGCUGGGAAUUAUCACUGGACUGGAAUUUUAAGACGAGAUUAAAAAUGACAACACAGUUUUAACAUGACUUGUGUUGUUGUUGUUGUUGUUCUCAGAAUGUCAAAAAUUAUUUUGGCCUUCAGGAAGACCGAAGUUUAUACAAACGCCAAGAGCAAGAGAUGUGUAAGCUACUCGUCCAAAUUCAUCCAGCAAUUAUUAGGAAGUUAGUUUGUUUCACCUUUGCAAAGAUUUGUGUACAUUUUGUGUUGUGCAAAGAGGUAUUCUAUAGGCCUACUGAUUAAAAACUUAAAUUACAAAACAAGUAAUAUGAUUUUGCUGCUCAGAUUAGUCUCACUUUCAGCUUCAAUGGAAACUGCACCAUGUUUAGAACUCGCAUUUUGUUGAUUUAAUUCACCAGUAAGUUUUUCACGUGCAAUUCAUUAUUUGGUGGCAUGGUUGGUUUGUGCGUAAAGUGCUCGCCUCUCAUCAAGGUGACCCCAGUUCAACUCCGGGCCAGGGCCAUAUGUGAGUUGAGUUGUGCGUUGGUUCUCUGCUGUGCCACAAGGGUUUUCCAGACCAUCCGG